UAGCGCAGUCACGUGACCCCGAGACUCAGUUUCUUUAUUUCUUUAUUGAUUUCCUCGGUGCGGGAUGAUGCGGGAGCCGCGGUGAGGUGGUGAUGAGGGUGAGGUGAUGAUGAUGAUGAUGAUGGUCAGUCAGCGCUGCUCAUUCACUCAUUCAUUCAUCAGCGCGUGCAGCCUCUCCGUGCGCGCGCGUCCCUUUGAUCUGAUGUAGGAACAUUACGGCAGGAUUUGUGACGCCAGCAGCUCUGUGAGCGUGAACAUGGCGUCCGGAGCGGCUCGACAGCAUCCACAGCAUCAGUCCGCGGCUCCCCCGGGCUCCUCCACGUCCGGCUCCGUGUCCUCCGCGUCCUCCUCCACCUCCUCCUCGGCGGCGCUGUACGAGUCCGGACUCAGCAUGGAGUACACGCAUGAUCUUCACCUGAAGAUGAGCAAGAAGAUCGCGCAGCUCACCAAGGUGAUUUACGCCCUCAACACAAAGAACGACGAGCACGAGGAGGCGCUGCGCUCCCUCAAGGACACCCAUGACGACGAGAUCGAGCACCUCCUGAGCGAGACGCGCGAGAAGAUCCUGCAGUACCGGAGCAGGACGGGCGGCGAGGCCGAGCUGAAGCGGCGCCUCCAGGCUCUGGAGGAGUCGCUGGAGCUCCAGGAGCAGAUGAAGCGGGAGGCGCUGGCCGAGUUCGAGCUGUACCGGAGGCGCGUGGAGGAGAUGCGGCUGAGCUCCGAGGAGCAGCACUCGCAGCGCGUCACCUCCAUGCAGCGCGAGGCCGAGGAGCUGCGCCACGACUUCGAGGACCGGCUGCGCUCCUUCGGCCAGCUGGAGGCGCGCAUCGAGCAGGAGAAGCUGCGGGCCGUGGACGAGCUCCAGUCCAUCCACCAUCACGAGCUGCAGGAGCUGAUGGAGAACCACCAGCAGAGCCGGAGCGCGGCGGCGGCGGCGUGCGUCGACCACCAGGAGAUCGUGGAGCUGGAGGAGCUCAUCGAGGAGCUGAAGCGGGAGAAGGAGCACCUGGAGGAGGAGUACGAGGCCAAGCUGGACGACUCGCGGGCCUUUUACGAGCGCGAGCUGGAGGCCAUGAGGCGCACGCAGCAGCUCACCACCGAGAACCUGCUGGCCUGGAAGAGGAGCGAGGUGGAGCUCAGGAAGGAGUUCCAGCUGCAGGAGGUGGCGCUGCAAAGGACGCUGGGUAAACUCCGCGCCGAUCUGCACCGGGCGCAGGAGGAGGCGCGCGAGAGCCGGGACAAAACCAACAGGCUACAGGCGUCGCUCAACAACGCCGAGGUCAACAUAAAGGAGUUACAUAAGCAGCUGGAGGAGGCCGUGCAGGACGGCGAGAUCUGGGUGAUGCAGCUGAAGGAUACAGAGUACGAGCUGGAGGGGAGCAGAGACCGGGUCCAGCAGCAGGCCUCCGAAAUCCUGCACAAAGCUAGUCAGAUCGGCACCCUGCAGGCCACCCAGAUGAGCCUGGAGGCGACGAUUAAGGACCUGCAGCAGGAGCAGAACCGUCUGAGGGAGAAGAUCGUCCAGCUGGAGGAGGAGAAGGAGAAGGUCCAGAGUCAGAGUCAGGCUUUGGGGGAGCAGCAACGUGCCCAGAUCCUCAACCUGGAAAAAUCCCUGCGCGAGCAGGAGCAGAGCUACGAGCGGGAGCUGGCUCAGGCCCGGGCCAAGUACGAGGAGGAGGCGGCCCGGGCGAAGGAGGAGGAAGCUCAGGCGCUGGAGGAGCUGAUGGAGAAGCAGCGGGCUCAGCUGGAGAACGCUCGCGCCGCCGCCGACAGGGAGAAGAACCAGAUGCUGAACGAGAUGAAGCAGCAGUAUGAGAUCCAGCGGCUGUCGCUGGUGGAGCAGAGGAGUCGCGUCCAGCAGCAGCUGGAUACGUUACGCGAGGAGCUCAGCGCCAAACUCAGCAUCGCCAACCAAGAGGUCGCUCACUUGAAGGAGCUGGUGACGGAGGGUGAGAUGAACCUGGACUCGGCGGAGAAUCACAUCUCUCGUCUGAAAGAGAACCAGGAGAAGCUUCUCAUGGAGCUGGACGCCACCAGAGCCAGAGUGAGGGAGACCAGCCACGUCCUCACUGACCUGCAGGAGGAGAUCGAGAGCCAGAAGCAGCAGCAUGAAGCUCGGGUCAUCGCCAUCAAAACCGAGGAGAAACAGAAAAUGGACAAAAUAACCAAGGAGCUCGAUCAGAAGUGGACGGACGCUCUGAGCGCCGAGUUAGACACCCUGAAAGAGGAGCUGACGGACGAAUACGAGGCCGAUAAGCAGGCGGCGCUCGGACAGCUCGCCCAGCAGAGAGACGUGGAGAUGAUGGCGGCCAGAGAGAGCUGGCAGAGGAGGGUGGAGGAUCUGCUGGAGCAGAUCUCUCUGUUGAAGCAGAGUCUGGAGCUGCAGCUCUCCCAGUCGAACGGCGCCCUGCAGCAGCUUCAGUCUCAGUUCACUCAGGAGCGGCAGCAUCUGGCGCAGGAGCUCCACGAGGUGGCGCUGGAGCACCAGAGACGAGAGCACCACCUACAGGACGCCCACUGCUGCACCAUACAGGACCUGGAGGAGGCGCGCCAGCUCGAGCUCAGGGAUCUGGAGGAACGUCUGAAGCAGGAGCAGCGUGAGGAGCUUCAGGCUCUGAGAGAUGCUCACAGACAGACGCUGGUGAUCCUGCAGCAGCAGUCGGAUCAGGAACUCCAGACGCUGCGCUUCGAGCUGGAGGACGAGGGCAAAGCCAUGCUGGCUUCUCUCCGUUCGGAGCUGAACUACCUGCACGCCACAGCUAUCGAACACCUGAGACAGAAACACCUGUCGGAGAAAACGGUGGUCAAGAGAGAACUGGACACUACGCUGGAACACUGUAAACAACAUGAGGAGGAUCUGCUGGGUCGCAUCUCUGACCUGCAGCAGGAGGCGACCUGCAGGAAGACCCGGAUCGCGGAACUGGAUCACGAGAUCCACUCUCUCAAUGAAACCAUCAACACACUGACCAAGGAGCUGGAGCUGAAGGGUAAAGAGGUCCUGCGCGUCCGCGGCGAAGCUAAUCUGCACAUCAGGGCUCAUGAGCAGGAUCUGUGUAAGCGACACGAGCGUGAGCUGGGCGAACUGAACGUCACCCACAACAGGGAGACCCAGAUCAUGCUGUCCGACUUCAACAAGGCCCAGGAGCUGCUGAAGGACAAGAUCUCGGCUCUGCAGAUCCUGUUGGAGGGGACGGAGGAGAAGUUCCGGAACCGCGAGAGCAGGCAGGAGGAUCUGCAGACCAUCGCCGGGCUCAGAGAGAUGGUGGCCGAGAGGGAGGCGCUGGUGAAAAAACUGGUGGACGACAAGAAGUUCUACCAGCUGGAGUUGGUGAACCGAGACACCAGCUUCAACAAGGUGUUCAACGCCAGUCCCAACGUGGGUGUCAUUAAUCCACUCAUAAAGCCCUCGUGAGCCGGACGGUCCGGCGGAGGGAGCCGAGGAGCCGGAGGAGCUUCCGUCUCAGUACUUCUCGUUUUGAGCCGCCUGGGCUGAAGAGCAUGCGAUCCAGCACUUUCUAACCCCGCAUCAGUCUGUGUCCAGCACCUCACUGUGAAUUUAUAUUCAUUUAUUUAUUUAUUUCUGACGUACGCAUCCAUGGACUCGGACGUCAGCGCAAUACGGGCGGGGACGCGCGUCUGGUUUCGGGAACCGGGCCGUCUCCUCUCCACAGACCGCCACUGUUGGAACACCCACGUCUCGCCAGUCUGGGAAAUAGAUUCACCACCAUUCGCACAAUUACUGGUUUAUAUUUCUAUGAUAUCGUCUUGUUACGAAGAAUAAAUCGUUGGUUGUUAAGCGAUGUUUGUACAGUAUAUAAGCCUCCCAGAAUCUACAUAAAUAUCCUAAACUAAAUAA